CCCAGUCCUUAAAUGCUUCAACCUCCUUUUGCUUCCUCAUCUACAAUUUCCUUAAGGUUCCCUUUUCUUACACUGUAACAGCCAUGGAAGCUGUGAACAUGAAGAAAAAAGACCCAAAAAUAGUGGUGGCCGUGGACGAGAGUGAUGAGAGCAUGUAUGCACUUUCAUGGUGCUUAGCAAAUUUGAUUUCCCAGACCUCAACCAGCAACCUCGUCCUUCUUUAUGUAAAACCUUCACCCCCUGUCUACUCUUCCCUCGACGCUGCAAGGUAUAUGUUUUCCACCGAUGUGAUCGUAGCCUUGGAAAAAUACGGCAGUGACAUGGUGAAUACAGUGAUGAGAAGAGCCGAAGCUAUUUGCAGAAAAUCCACCACCAAAAUAAAUGUGGAGAGAAUCGUGGGGAGUGGAGAUGCCAAGGAUGAAAUAUGUAACAUAGUGGGCAAAAUCAAAGCUGAUACGUUGGUGAUGGGAUGCCAUGAUUAUGGUUUCUUCAAAAGGGCAAUUCUGGGAAGUGUGAGUGAUCACUGUGCCAAGCAUGUUAAAUGUCCGGUGGUGAUCGUUAAGCACCCAAAGCAAAUUUGAAGUUAUCUUCUACAUUUUUCUUCGCGUAAUAUCAUCUGAUGCUUCCUAGAAGAAGCAUGGUGUAGGUGUUAAAAGUUAGGCACUUUAUAUUGUACUUGUCAAUUCCAGGGGUAAAAUCAUCUAGUGAUUCCGCAUAA